UUGUGAUGGAAUGGACUGCUGAGUGGAACCUUUCGUCCUAUCGCGUCUUAUAACAGGGGGGAUCGAAGCCGAAGGCAGUCAAUCAUAAUGCCAGAGGAAAUGGCGGACGGUGGGAGGAGGCUCGUGACGCUCGACGACCUCAUAGAUGCCUUAGAUAAGCGCGAGAGAGUGCUGAGCAAUGUCCCGAAGGUUGAGACAUUCCACUUCAAGGGGGAUCGGGUGUCUGACUGGCUAGACCUGGUUGAGCAGGCAUUGGUGAGAUUGGCGGAUGAAGUAAGGUUUCAGCAGAUUAUGAGAUACGUCCUUUAUAGCCACCAUCAGGAGGUGGGUAGGGUGGUGGAAGUCGCAAGUGGCAGCUGGGCAAGGUUCAGGGACCUAAUGCUAAGAAAGUAUAGGCAAGGGGAUGGACUGUUGACCAUGGCGGACCUGGAGGCCAUGAACAGAGAUGACUUCUCCACGAUUGGGGCGGUCGUGCACGAGUUCAAAAAGAAGGCGAGGAAGGUGCACGGGAUUUCUGAGGAGACGCAGUGUGCUAUAUUUUUGGGUCUCCUUACUAUCUCGGAUGUCGCGGAAUUGACGAGCCAUGGAGGGGGAACUGAGAAGCUCACCUGGGCCACUAUUGACAAGGGAGAGGAAGAGGGGAGUCUGGACCAGGUGGAGCAGCACCAGAUGCGGUUGCAGAGGCGCAAGAGGAAGGAAAGGGACGCCACCGCAUUUGGGACCCCAGGGGUGAAAAAGAUUGUCACGGACGUGCUGGCCGCGCUUGGGUAUGACAAUGAGACGGAAGCCUCGCAGGCUAGCGUGGCUGGGGGAGGAAACCAAGGACAAGGCGGGCAAGGCAAUGGAGGCCGAGGUCAAGGGGGUCGAGGAGGUGGUGGCCGGGGCCGAGGAGGAAAUGGUGGGGGUCGCAGAGGUGGUUGGAACGGUCAAGGGGGCCAGAACCAAGAUGGCCGAGGUGGCCAGGAGGGGGGCCAAGGGUAUGGGAGGCCCCACUUUGAUUGGCGGAAUGCCACCUAUUGGCAUUGUGGCGAUGUGGGCCACACUAUACGGUUCUGCCAACGACGGCGGGAUGAUGAGUUGUCAGGGUUAAUUUCCUCCUGUAUGGACUGGGAUAUAUAUGAUAAGUGGGGGGAGCAUAUCGACCCCAAGACCCCGGAAGGAAUCAGGCAAGAGGCUCUUAGGCGAGCGACGGUAGGGCCAUCGGCACCCCCGACCAUGUUCCGGAUGUGGCAGGAAAGACAAGAGUCGGCCAUAAGAGUUGAGGAGAUUGUGGGGGAUAGUGAGGAGGUCACUCAGCGACUAAAGGCAGGGACUAUAAGGGAGGAGGCAAUAGUCGUCGAGUCGGAUGACGAGGGGCAGGAAGGCGAAAGGGAGCCCGCCAUAAUCAUCCUGGAGAAGAUGGAGGAUCUGCUGGAGAAGGUGGGGAGGUACCAACAGAAGUUGCAGACCCGGUGUGAGGAGGCCCUAAGAUGGGAAGCCAACCUGCCUGAGGUCUUCCUUUAUGACUCCGGACCUGAGCCUUCAUCAGGUCAACAGGGGUGCCCAAGAGUUGCGACCGUGGGGACAGGCCCCAGGUCGGGUAUGACCUUUAGGCCCCCCACAUCGCAUGGAAGAGUGCCGCAGGCGACGCGAACCAGGAGCCAAAAUAAGGUUGGACCUAGUCAAGAGCCCAGCCAGGCGCCCAGUUGGGCGCCCCCUCGAAAGGAGCCUGAGCCAGGACACAGAAAGGAAGUGGUGGAGGUCCCGGAGGAAGAGGAUGAGGACGACGACGAAGAGGAUGAGAGGCUCCGACAAGAGGAGGACCAGCGGGCGGAGCUGAGGGCCAAAACGAGAGGAGCCUGGGAAGAGCCCGAGCCAAGCCUGCCUGACAGCGUGCCUAAGAGGAAGAAGUACGAGGUCCGGAUGGAGGAAGGCUUUGACAUAGAGCGGAUGGUGGACAAGCUCCUGGAAGGCCACAAUGACUUGAUGAACCUAAAGGACAUCCUGGCGUCGGCGCCAAGGCUCCGUGGUGAGUUGAAAGGGCGACUCUCGCGAAGGCUGGUACCAAAUGUCCAUCUGAGUACGGUCCUGCCCAGGGAGGUGGAGUGGACUGAGGCAGGGACAAGGAUGGAUUGGAAAUGUGUGGCGUGCGGGCAGGUGGAUCUGGUGAUAAAGAACCAGAAGUGCACUGGGAUGGUGGACACGGGCGCAGAGAUGAACAUCAUCAGGGAGAAGGAGGUGGUGAUGAUGGGGAUAGAGAUUGACCGUUCGUAUCACGGUAUGCUGCACGACGCCAACUGUAAGGCCGCUUUUUGUGGCACGACGUCCAACGUGAUCAUAGAGAUCGGGAAGGUGCGGGCGAGGACUUGUUUCUUCGUUAUGCCCGAUGUCGAUUACUCCAUCCUUCUGGGGCGGUCGUUCCUGUGCCGAACAGAGGUGUUAAUUUUCAAUAAGCACGAUGGGACGAUGAUCUUGCUCCUAUGCGAUCCAGCGUGCGGGAACUACGAAGUCAUCACCUGCCGAAACACGGGGCCGGGGAGUGGAAGGAACAGGCGUAAUCUCGACUCGUUCACCUUUGAGGAAUCGGAGAACGAGCGAAGGCGGCUUUGGGAAGUGCCCGAGGAGGAAGAUAGGGCUGAGGUGCUGACACUAAGCCUCACAGAUGUGAACAAGGCCAUGGAGGUGGUGUCGACACACGACAUGGCGGAUCCGGAGGCCAUCAAGGCAUUGAGGGAGCAGGUUUUGGAGAACCCUCAGGUGGAGUUUCACCGGAUCACGAGCAGUGACCUACGGGGCCCGUCGCCGACAUUGCCAGAGGAAGGGGAGGCUAUACCGUUGAGGACGCCGCUCGAUAGCCUGGAGGCCCAUCUGGAUGCAUCCCAGUGGGGGACGUCGCGGUUGGGAGCAGAUCAGAGCGGCCCCGCGCAGUAUGAGCCAGCAAAGGACGAGCCGAAGGAAGGACCGCCUGAGUCGGGCUCCGAGGCUGGGCCGAGUGGGCCAGAGGAGCCGCAGACUGAGGGGGUUAUUACUGUUGGGAAUGACACCCCUCCUCCUACCCCGAUCCCGGAGGCAGGGCGAGAGGAGAGCGAGAGGGCGAGGACAUCUGCUACUGUGGCACCACAACUAGCGGAGCAUGGAACUGAGUCCCUGGACACCGAGAUGCCAACAUCUGAGGAGCCACCGCCAGGGUUGCCGCACGCAGAGGAAGGGGUGAAUGAUGGAGCUCCAUUACGGGACGCCCGCGGGACACAAGCGGAGAGGCCACCAAGAGAGACGACGGAGGAGAAGUUCGCAAGGGUACAGGUGCGUCUUGAGGAGAUAUACCAGAAGAAGGUUAGGAUGGAGGCCGCUGGGGAGGUACCGAGGCCACCAAUCGACCCCCCGACGAGGGAGCAGAGGAUUGGUGAGGCAUGGGCCAGCUACGAGGGUAAGAGGAAUGCUGCCCGUAAGAGGUCUCGAGAGGCAGGGCGGGAGGACGAGAAGGUGGAUGAGGCACGAGAGACUGGGGACUUGGGAUUUCCAGCCGCUAGGAUGGCAAUCGAGCGGACCGACAGGGAGAUACGCGAGGUGGCGGUCACGUCCUUCCAGCGGUACUCCAUGCUCAGUGAUGAGUUGGCGGCCUCGAGGUUAGAGGUGGAGCAGUUGUCCACCCAGUUGGUGGAAGAGAGGGCAGAGAACCAAGCGUGGAGGUCCCGCAUGGAAGCCAAAGAGGCGGAAUGGGAGAAGAGGCUCCAGGACAUGGCGGCGAUGGUGGAGAGGCUCUCGGCCACUAAGGUGGUUGACUGGACGGAGCAGAGCCUGUAUGGUAUCCAGGGGAAGGAGAUACAAGAGCUCUUUGGCCAGGAAGGGACGACAGGGCCACCUCAGCAAGGAGGAAUGGGGAAGGUAUUCCUGGACCCGACAGAGGCGGCAGCGAGGCGGGAGGCCGAAGAGGGGAGGUUCAGCUUCAGGACUCCCACGGAGUUGGCCUCGCAACAGGCUACCCCUAUGACGAUUGAGAUCCCUGAGGGCGGGCUGGUGCUGAGACCCCAGCCUCCAGUGGCGGGAGGGGGCCCCACGGAGGAGUCCCCUACGAUCCUUUUGGAGGUACAAGAGGGCACCCUUACAGGGGCAACAACGUCUGCGAAGCCUGGGGCGAUGGAGGGGGGGGCAUCUCGUUUGGAUGAGUUAGUGGCGGCCAUGAAGCUGGAAAUGCCAUCAGGAGGGCCUCAGAGACAGGAGACCCCGGAGCGUGUGCCGGAGGUGGGGGAGCUGAGGACACAGUUAGGCUCCCGGGCCACUGGGGCUGACUAAGGGGAGCACAUCUCAGAAUAGCAGCAGGAGGUUAUGAGCGAGUUAGUGGCUGUUGUGAUUCCCCAGCCUUCAGAC